AUGUGGAGGAGAGCACACAAUGCGCCCUUGGCCCCGGGCCUGUGCGGCGCAAGGUCGGGCACCACGACAUUCCCUUCUCUUCACACCUACAACCGCAAAAUCACGUCUUCAAUCGACCUCAAUUCGGUCAUCGCUCAGCCCGCGCUGGCCAAGUGCGGCGAGGCUCGUGGAUCGACUGGGUCAUGCCGUCUCUACACCGAGCAACUUCAGAAUCGAACCGAGAAGAUUGAACGAAUCGUGGGCGAGCAGCAACCCAAGCGCCGAUUCAAACUCACCACAGAUCUCAAGAUUGCACUCUUCAGCUACUUCGUCAUGGGAACUACGACGUGGCUUCUUGUGGGAACCACCACGCUCGUCUCCGUCAUCCUGUGGGCCGCCAACACGCUUCAGUUCCAGGGCUACAUUGCCAAGACCCUGUCCGACACACUGACACGCGAGACCGGCAUCCAGAUCACGUUCGAGUCGGCCAUCGUGCCUCGAUGGAAGAACGGUCACAUUCGAUUGAACAAGGUGCGCGUGGUGCGCGAAGAGGAGGAGGCGCUGCGGAAGAACUACGCUAGCAUGGACCUCACGAUCCAGCAGAUCGACGUCAAGCUUUCUUUGUGGUGGUUCUUGGAGGGCAACGGUCUGCUCAAGGAGAUGAUCCUCAAGGGGGUGCGAGGGCAUGUCGACAGGCGACGACUUGUGUGGACGGUGGAGCCGGCGGGCGAGCAAGCAGCGGAGGCGAAGAAGAAGGAGGGUAGCGAGGACGAGGACACGAUGACCAACGAGACAGUGAAGCCUCACUCGCCCAACGAGGCGUUCGUGCCGCAGAGCGUCGGCGCUUUCUGCUUCUCCAAACUCACGAUCUCCGACUUGUACAUCACUCUCUACAAUGCCAAUCCCAAGCGACCUCUGCCCGUGUCCAUCUAUUCGUACAAGAGGCUGCUGCACGACCUGCUGUACGCUGAGUACGUGCAUGGGAGCUUCGACGACUGUCUCUUCACGCUCAACAAGCCGCACCUGCACAACCACCCGUAUCGACGGCUGAUGAUCAAUGAGGACAUGGACGAAGACCGCGACGCCGAUGAGAAGUGGAAGUUUGUGGAGUGCAAACUGCAGGGCCUCAACAUCGACCACCUGGCGGAAAACACGACGGGACCCCUCAACUGGAUCACAUCAGGAUUCAUCGAUAUCAAUGUACACCUUUUGCUGCCGCCCUUCGCCAACACACUGCCGCCCGCGCCCAAUCCAAGCAACCCCAACGCCAGGGCCGAGCCGCGAUUGCUGAGCCAGCUGCCCGGCAUCAACAUGGACUUCAAGCUCGUCCUCACCAACCUCUCCGCCUCCGUGCCCCUGUCCACUCCUCACAUGUCCUACGUCAACUCGGCGCUGAUCCAGCCCAUCGUGCUCUAUCUCAACACCAACUACACCGAGCUUCCCCUCACCUUCCGAAGCGGCCGUUUCUGGAAUGCGUGGUAUCCGGGCGAUUGCGGGUUCUGGGACGCGCUCUCGGAAGGUGCGGGCGCGGCCAUCGAGAAGGCCGUCUCCGAACAGACGACCACCCCCAAUAUUUGGAAGCUCAUCGGCCUCCUCAACGACGGCGUGCGCCGCGGCCUCCUCUACUACUGGCGCUUCCACGUCCUUGUCUUCCUGGGCUUCAGCCCCGAAUAA